GGAUGGUGCCACCAUAUUGUGGCUCUACCUCAGUGAUGCCCCCAGACCAAAUGGCGUGGUGGCCGCUCGCCGCCGCGCCCCGCCGCCUCCGCAGACUCGUCGUCGCUGCCUUCCUCUCCACAGCGCCCUCCCACGGCUGCCCGCUCCACGCCGAGCUCGCGCGCCGCGGCGCCCCCGCGGCCGCCUCGCUCGCCCUCUAUUCCCGCAUCCGCGCCGCCACGCCGCCCACCGCCUACACCUUCUCGCUCCUCCUCGCCGCCCUCGCCUCGUCCGCCUCCGGCGGCUGCACACGCCUGGCCGCGCCCGUCGCCCACGCGCACGCGCUCAAGUGCGGCGCGCUCGCGCACCCCGUCGUCACCAACUCCCUCCUCAAGCUCUACUGCGCCCUCGGCCUCCUGCCCCACGCCCGCAGGGUGUUCGACUCGGGCGCCGCUCUGGACGCCGCCUCCUGGAACACCAUGGUGUCCGGCUACGGCAAGAGCGGCGACCUGGCAGCGGCGAGGGAGGUGUUCGGCAGAAUGCCCGGGCGGAACCUGGUGUCUUGGAGCGCCAUGAUCGACGCGCUCGUGCGUGCGGCGGAGUUCGACGAGGCGCUGCAGGUGUUUGAUCGGAUGAUGGGGGAGGGUUUCAAGCCGGAUGUGGUGGUGCUGGUGAGCGUGCUCAAGGCGUGUGCUCAUCUUGGUGCCGUUGAGAGGGGUCGCUGGGUCCAUCGGUAUAUGGAAACAGAGGGGUUUGCAGGGACUCAAAGGAAUGUCAUGGCCGAGACCGCGCUGGUGGACAUGUACUGCAAGUGUGGGUGCAUGGAGGAGGCGUGGCGUGCUUUUGACUCUGUUCGCUGCCGCGACGUUGUGCUGUGGAAUUCAAUGAUUGGGGGGCUUGCCAUGAAUGGCCAUGGUGAGCGUGCACUUGAGUUGUUCCAAAGGAUGGUCGGAAACGGCUUUGUGCCAAAUCAGUCAACCUUUGUUGCUGCUUUGUGCGCGUGCACCCACUCAGGUCGUCUGGAGGAAGGGAGGGAAAUUUUCCAGUCGAUGCGGCAGCACGGGAUCGAGCCACAGAGAGAGCACUAUGGGUGCCUAGCUGAUCUCCUUGGGCGUGCAGGACGUGUUGAGGAGGCUGAGACUGUUUUGUUGGAUAUGCCAAUGGAGCCACAUGCGUCGCAAUGGGGUGCGCUGAUGUCUUCAUGCCGGAUGCAUAAUGAUAUUACUGUCGGCGAACGUGUAGGGAAGCGGCUCAUUGAGCUAGAGCCACAACAUGGUGGGCGGUAUGCUGUUCUGUUCAAUUUGUAUGCAGUCAAUGGUCGAUGGGAAGAUGCAAGAGCCAUUCGGCAGAUGAUGGUGGAGAAGGGAGCGAAGAAAGAGCUGGGUUUCAGCUUCAUGGAGUGAAAUGGUUGCUCCAUGAGUUACACCCCCGACAAGGCAGAUCUAUGCACUGUUGGAAGAUACCUCCUCUGUCCACUGGGAGGUUAGCUAUCUAUGGCGGUUUCAUGUUCUCUGGUGGCAAGAACACACACGCUAUUUUUUUUGCACAUGUUAACGUUUAUUCUUCUGCUCUACUUACUACCUGCAGCGAUUGCUGGUGCUGUUCAUGUGCAACUUCUUGCCAUGAAGCAAGAACCUGGAGAAACAAGCUGCUGAAGCUGGAUUUCCAAGAGAUGGUCAUGUUCCCCUAGCACCUCCCGGCCAGGAUUUGGCCGCACCAUGAGCUCGAGACGGCCCUCUCCAGUGCAUACAUGUGGUACACGAUGUUCAAGAUCUCGCCCAGCCAUCUCGCCAGCUAGGAGGACCAUGCGGCUGUUUAUCAUGCCCGGGAGCCGUCCAGUUUCAGUUGCACUGUAGACUCGCAUUUCCCAUAAGGGAGGGAUCAUGAGAGAUUUCUAUGUUUGUUUUGAGUGAUGUAUUAUUAACAUUGCUCCUAUUUGUAUAUCUUGCUGUGAAACCACAGUCUUGGUGAUAGUAAUUAGACGGCAUCGGAUCUCGAUUUCUUCGUACUGCUCACAAAUUUGGUGGCAUGUUCCUGGUCGAGUUUGUGACAGUUCACAGCAUAAACUGGCUUGAUAAACAUCACCUUAAUUUCUACUGUAUCUGCUUUUACUUUCCAUGAA